AUUUAAUCAUUUUGGUACACACACAUACACACACACACACACAAAACAUUGAUACACUACCCCUAAUAUAAUUAUACAUAUUCAUACGGGAAAAAAACACUUAAAAAUACAAUUCAUAUAAUUGUAUAAUAAACUUUUGCAAAGUACAAAAUAUCAUACCUAGCUAGACUCUUGGGCUGCCUGUGUCUCGUCAAAUUUUUACAAUGCCUCAAAACUCUUCGACAUAAGCUUGAUGAUGGACAUGGCUAAAUAUCGUUUUGUUUUGUUUGUUUUAUGAUUUCUGGGCCGACAAUAAGACAAUUUUCUGGUUCAAAAGCGUAAAAACGGUUAUUACUCACUUGGUAGAACACAUCUAUUGGUUAGAAAUUGCAGUUACUUUGGGUCGGGUUUUAGUUAUCGACAGGAUUUGUACUGUCUUACAUGACAAGCGAUGAGUGUUAUUCUACACCAUGUUAGUCUACCUUUCUUUUGUUGAACAAAACAUCUCGCAUCGGUUUAACAUUUACGAGUGUACAUUGCGAUUAAACAAUGAAUGUCAAAUCGGACCAAUCAGGUGGGCUUCGUGGAUCUCAUUUUGAGGUCUGUUCGUCACCUUCGUUCUUACACAAUGCCAUACGUUUGGAUCUAAAAUCUGCUUUACGAGUGAUCUUUAAAGCUGGGAUAAGAGAACCACAAUGCAUAGGUUUCCCAAAUGGUGGACAUCUGUAUUUAAGCAAGUAUCAGGGUAUUUUGAAUACAAGAUUGUAAUCUAAAACCCCGUAGAAAAAUCAACGGACAACAAGAGAGUGCCUUCUUGGGUACUGUGCUAACUUUCCUUUCGCGAUGUUGAGGUUUAGAAAGCUUCCUACUCUUGUAAUUAUAUUUUACGGUCUUCAACUACAUCACUGUACUGCAGGCGAAGAACCCACAGGGAGCACAACCAAUUGCAGUCAAACCGUUUCACAUCAAGGAGAGACCGCAUCUAAGUGCUGUGUUUUCCCAUUUGUUUAUCUUGGUGAACAACACAACAGCUGUAUCAAGACCUCGGAUGGUGCUGCUUGGUGUUCGAAAACCGCAAACUACGACAUCGAUGGAAAGAAAAUAGACUGUCCCACGACUAACCCUGAUGAUGGCGGUGGAGGAGAUAGCGGCGAAGGCCAAUGUCAUAGUUUCCCAUCAGGCAUCUCAUCUCUCAUCGGCGGUACCAUCGCGCCAGACAGACGCUGGAACCUACAGUGCCAUCCAUCACGUGCAGUGACGUCAUUGUGGGAUGACGUCAAUCGGUUUACGUUGCUAGGCGACGUUAAGUGUUGUGAUGCUCCUGUGGAUCAGAAUAUAUCGUACGUGUUUAACCUGUCAAUGCGAAUAGGUGGUGGAUAUGAUCCUAAGUCAAGGUGGAAGGCACAGUGUCCAGAUAAUUACGUUAUCACAGGUCUUCACGCACAGAAAGCUGGAUUGAAAAAGUGGAAAAGGUUUGGUAACCUAGACGCAGUGAAAUGUAGCCUGUUACUGGAACACCGUUUGGAUUACGACUCCUGUACUACCGUAGACCUACCGGACAAAACAGGGGGGACCCGAGACUCGACUGCAACAUGGAGAACAGAAUGCCCUUCUGAGCAUUUUAUCUCUGCUCUUUAUAAUGACCUCAAGUUUACUGGUGUCAAGAAAAUCAAGUGUUGCCCUGCACGAGCUGUAGCCAUAAGUCAGAAAGUUUGUACUUUUGAAGACGGGGUUUGCGGCUUGUGGGAAUUCAUCAAUCCUGACAGAGAUGGAAGCUGGAAGUUAAGAAAUGGAGCAGGACUUGGGACUGUGGAUCACACAACUGGUAAAGCUACAGGUCACGUGAUUUAUAUGACGUCAAAUAUCUCCCAGCUGUCUACUGUGGGUGUGAAGUCAUCCGAGCAGGGUAGAUGCCUGUCACUGUGGUACACUAUGAAGGGAAACUCGAGAAUAGAUUUGAUGGCGUUACUAUAUGAUGAAAAUAUUGACGGCCUUGUUGAGAGAACCCUUGGUGAUGUAGAAACGGGAGAAAAUAGAAAAUGGAUGGAAAAACAAGCGGUACUACCUAGAAAACACAACUAUCAGCUCAUCAUUCAGGGUGUUAGUCGUGGAAUCCCAAGUGAAAUUACAUUGGACGAUAUACAAAUCAAACCUGAACGUUUUUGUAUUGGUUUAUGUUCGUCGCUGGGUCCUCUGCAAGGUUCCAGUAGUAUUCAUGAUGGUCCACUCACUCCUUGGCAAGCAAGUUGUCGUGGCGUCUCCUCCUCCUCCUCCUCCUCCUCUUCCACUCUCACGUCUAUCGUAACAGGUCUAUGGGACAAACAGGGAAGCCAUUUUCAAACCCUUGAGUAUCUCAAGUGUUGUAACAUGCCGGUGAAUACGUACUACAAGAUUCUUUUAACUGGUAAAGAAGGAGGAUCUGCGUCAGAGAAUGAACGAUGGAAUGCACAGUGCAAGGAUAAUUACGUCUUAACAGGCAUUUACAGCCUGAACAAGUUCAAUGGUUUUUAUCAACUCCAGUGUUCCUCUCUCUACCAGUCUCGUGUUGAUUAUUCUAACUGCGUAGUGAUCUGGGCUGAGGAACGCAAUCAUGAAGGGGACCCUAUCAGUCAACACAUUGAGUGCCCUUCAGGGAUGGUUGUCAUUGGUUUAUUUGAUCACCAAGGUGACAACAACAGGACGAGCUUCGCCGAUAUCGAUGCAGUAAAGUGCUGCAUGGUUGACACUCCCGACUGUGUCACUCAAGCUGAUUGUAAUAUCAAUGCUGACUGCGUUACCACAAAUACCGUCAUGAAAUGCUCUUGUAAGACAGGUUUCUAUGGCAACGGGAAGGUUUGCAAAUCUGUAGUCCCCCCAACAUCCACCACGGAGUCCCCUAUUACUAAGAAGCAGAAUGCAACGACGGAUAUUCCCGUUAAUCCGUCAACACCAACUACAACGUAUAUAAAUCCUGGAGUCGACACCUCAGGGAAUGGCCUUGGCUUCUCGACGUCAAGUUCAAUAUCGAACCGACGACAGCAAAAUAGCCAAUCAGUUAUCUUAAUAACUGUGACUGUGGUCGGGAUUUUGGUCGCAGUGUUGCUAGGCGUUCUUGUUUGGCGUGUCAGGCGGGCAAAAAAAGCGCGUCUACGAGUGCAGGGAAGCAAUACAGCCAAACCAGAUCAGGCGGAGAUGACUCCUUUCAACGAUAUUAAGAUCAUUAAUAAUGACAACCCUGCACAAGACCAGCAAGUUACAAGUUCUCAUUUGGCUGUAGUAGGUGAAGAAGACGAUUCUUCGCGUGCACCGAAUAAUCCCCAUCAAAACGACAACAGCAAG